AUGACUGAUCGCCAUCAUCUUUCACGGCUCUUGAAGCCCAAAGAGCUUAACCUUGCAAUCGAGACUUUUAACAAGAUCAUCGUGCACUUCGAUGCUUCGCAGACAAAUGACAGCGGCUAUAAACCAGCCACUCUUAUCGAUCUCAUGAGAAAUGAAGUUUUUGAAAAGGAUGACUUUUUGGGCCUAUUUUUCGCUUAUAUUCAGCAAGGCCUGCUUGACGAGAGUAGAGGAACCGAUCUUGACCCCAUCUUGUCGCAUCUUGCUGGAUUUUGUAUUUAG